UUAUUUUCCAUGUUAUCUUUUGUAAGAUUAUACAAAUCACCGAAAUACGAGGAGUUUUCAUUUAAAUAAACUUUUACUUUAAGAAUGAAAAAUUGCAAAAGAAUGUGCAUAAAUAUUAGAAUUUUCUGUGGGGUUCAUAAUUAAAAUUUUGACGCCAUCCUCCAUCUAUCACAUUUUCUGAAGUAGUUUAAAAGAAGAGUUGAAACCUCUUUCGAUUGUAAAAUGAAAAUGACAAGCGUAGGUACAGAUGGCUUGUUUGAAAACCAUACAGUGAAAGAAAUACAAGAGAUAGAAAAAAAAUUAAGAAAUGAUAUUGAGAGAAAAAAAGAGGAACUUCGCCAAAUGGUUGGAGAGCGCUAUAGAGAUUUGAUGGAAGCAGCUGACACUAUAACAGAAAUGAAACUGAUAGCUGAAAAUGUCACAACAAAUGUUAAAUCAAUUGAAAAUCGAUGCACACAACUGCAGAACAGCAGUCUCCAAAAUGGUAUCCUCUUUGGUAUCCAAGACAAAGUUUUUGAAAGAAAGAAAAGCAAAGAAUUUCUUUAUACACUUGCAUCACAAAUCAAAAUACUAAUGGAUUCACCAACAAAAAUUUGGAAUUCCAUUGAAAGCAAAAAUUUCAUUGAUUCAGUGUGCCUGUAUUUGCUGGCGAGGCACAUUCAUUCUCUUCUUAUUCUCAGUCCAGAUUACUGUUCUCAGUUUCCUCUCAUCAACAGGCAAUGGUCUUCCAUAGCUCAGUUCAGAACUGUUUUACUGCAGAAUUCCCAGAAAGUUUUGGAAUCGCAAGAGGCUGAACCUGAAGAUGUCUUAGGACCCAUAUGCUGUUUGUGUUUGCUCACUAAUUCCUCACUGCAGCACAUAUUCUUAGAGUUUUUAAAUACUCGUCAGAAUGUACUGAAGAAUCUAUUUCAAGUUGAAAAAACUGCGAGAGACCAAGUUUGCCAGUUUGUCAAUGUUGUACAGAUGACACUAAAAAUAAUUUAUGUUCUCUUUUAUCCUUCCAAUGAAAAUGUUUCAAAUAAUGGUUUGGAGAGAAAUUUACUGUAUAAUUCUCUAACGAAAUUAAUAAGUUCCAAAGAACCAGGUCCUGUAUCAAUGCUGGAUUUGAAAUCAAGUGCAAUAUAUAAAUUUUUACCUAGCAGCAUUACAGAUUUCCGGCCCAUUUUAACAACUUCUCUUGAACAAUGUGGAAUUGAAUUUCUUCAAUCAAAGUGCAGUAGUUGGCUUCAAGAAAUCAAAGUGAAUCUUCAGUCAGAUUUGGGGACAUUGUUAAAUUAUGUUAAGUCAGUGAAAAGUUUGUCCUUGAUUAGAGAGGCAUUGUUUGAAAAUUUGUGUGAGAUCGAGGAGUGGGACAUGAUAUGCAGUGCUCUACUGAACAAGUCAUUCUCAAUUUGGGAUUUUUUUCUGAAAGACUGUUUCUUGAAAAGUAUUGAGGAUAUCAUUAGUGAAAGUGUUCUGAAUGCGGGUGAGAACUCUCAAAGAAAUAUCGAGAAAACCUUAACUGAAAUCGGCUGUGAAACUACCAGUUCCAAAUCAAACAUUUCCCUCUAUGUGUGGUCGGAGUCACCCCAAGACAUCAUUGCAAACAUAGCAUGGCAUUCCAGACACCACAGAAAUUACUGGGACAGUGGUCAACUCAGCAUGAAAUCUAUGGGUUUCACACCAAAAGUUCAAAGCAUUUGUAAGGAUUUGGACAAUCAAAUCAAGAUGUCAAUAGAGGAUAUCUCUUGUUUCUCAUCUUUAAAAGUGGAUUCUUCCAAUCAAGAAAAGUUUAUGACAGAAAUUCAUGAAGAAAGCAAUGUCAUCAACAGAUGCAUUGCUCAAACAGUAGAAAAUGGAUUUCAUAAUUUAAUAUGUUUUAUUGAAGCCCAUCUUGCAUGCUUGGAAUCUGAAACAACUGAGAGCAACAGAAUUGUAUUCUUGGGCCACAUGUGCAAUGGUUUGGCUAACCUAUGUCCCCAUAUCAAUCUUGCCUUGUUACGCAAUGAAAAUAUGGAGAAAAGACCCUCCUAUACACAAGCUGCAAUAAAGGAAAGUGAAAAUUGGAAGAUUUUGAAGAGUAAAUUAUUAGAAACAAGUGCAUCAGCUUUUAGAUUGUGGAGUGUUAGCCAAAUAAAUCAUUUGAAAGCCACAGCGGAAUCUGAGCUUAUGACUUAUUCUAUGGAAGGACUUUUAAAAAUUCUUCUGCAAUGGGAUAAAAUUGAAAUACAAGAAGAAUCUGACCAGGGAAAUGCCAUUCAUUCUGUUUUAAGAAUACCACAAAAUAUAUCUACACCUGUGGCUGAUUCUCUAUUCCAAUUCUGUUGUCAUUUGAAUGCUAUUGGCGGAUUUUCAAUCAAUAGUGAAGUAAGGUCAUGGAUGAGCAGGCAGCUGUUGAGUGCCCUACUGGAUGUUUACAAACAGAAAGUAUUUUCAACACAAUCGAUUCCGCCCAGGUUACUGCAGGUUCAAUCCCUGCAGCUGUUAUUUGAUGUGCAGUUCUUGAUGAGCCUGAUGGUGCACAAUGCAUCCGAUGAUGUCAUCUCUCAAGAAAUCAUAAACAGAGCAGUAUCUCAGAUAGAUCCAUUUGACAUGGACGUUUUCUCUCUUCCUUUGCAGCAGAAUAUUAAGAAAGCUCUGCACAAAUCUCUGUCUCUGUAUGGCCUAAUAACAUCGCCAGAUCAAGUGAGCUACCUCACUAGCUGUAAAAUACUCUCUGUGAGUGGUCAUAUGGACCACAAUGUGAUGUUGAUGUCUCCAACGGGUGCAAGGUUUCCUCAUUUGCCUCUGCCAGCCAAGACAUCCUCUUCUCGGGAACAAUUAGAGGAACCAGAAGUAAAGAACACUCGUAGUUCUAGUCCUAACUUAGUUGCUAUUGAAACUCCAACCACCCUGAAAACAACAGCAUCCUUUUAUGAAAAAGUAACUGCAAUGAGUAGCAGUUGGUUUGGGAACUGAAUUUGGGUUUUAUGGAAAAAGCACCAAUUCCCAUGCUUUGAGAGAUUGUGAAUACUUGUUAAUUUUACUUUGAAAUAUUAUAAAUACAGUGUUAAACCUAUUUCAUCUAUAAUAAAAUUAUUUUAUUA